AUGGUGUGGACGAGCUUCGCAGCUCUUCGAGAGCAGGUGGCGCAAUGGACCGAUGACCAAGCCCGACACGCCGACAUCAAUGUGGAGGGUCAAUUGAUGCACCAGCGACGCAUUAGUCGCAAAUGCUCCUUCUUUGACUUGGCGUCGGUGGGGGGGUCCGAUGGCGAGCGCGAGCGGCUCGAGGUGAUCCUCAAGAUCAUUGACGGCCAGUUGUCGUGCGAGCAGGUGGACGCCAUCCGAUACAGAGUCAAGGUCGGCGACGUCGUUCGCGUCCAUGGGUUCGUGGAGCGGCUUGACAGUGGCGCUGCGAUUCUGGUGCACGCGCGCGAUAUUACUGUUGUUCGAGCGUGGAAGGAUGAAAACCCGGGGGUGACUUUCCUCCCGCUGCCGACACGCGUGCAUUGCAAGUUCUGGAUCAACUCGAAAACGUGUCAGCACGGCGACAAGUGCGAGUUUUACCAUGUCAGUGAUGCGGACCAAAAGAUCGAGCGCGCCAAGUGGCUAAAGGAACGGCUUCAUCUCAAGCGGGUUCGCGCUCACAUCGACGAAGAUCCGCUGGACCCGCACGGGAAAAUUGGAAAGCAGCAGCGCGCUCAGGUGUUCGUCGAAUGGCUGGUCGAGACGUUCGGUGCGGAGUUUCUCGCGUCGGGCAAAGGCAUCGUGGACGUCGCUGGGGGUCGAGGCAGCGUGUCGUUCGAGCUGUGGAACAAGCGACGACUACCGUGCACCCUCAUUGAACCACGCCCGAUGAAGCUUUCAAAGAUGCAGCACAAAUACCUGAAGAAGCAGAAGAAGCAGCGCAAGCAGUCGGGUGAAGCAGAACCGCCUCUUACCGAAUCGCUUGUGCCGCAAGUUAUCACGCUCUUCAACAUGGAUACUUUCCUGGAGGACCCGAACAACGUCCAGCUCGUAGAACAAGCUUCGCUUCUGCUCGGAAUGCACCCCGAUGAGGCCACCGACUCCAUCUUCGACGUCGCCAUCAAAUUUAACAAGCCGUUCGCAGUCGUGCCAUGCUGUGUCUUCGGCCAGAAGUUUCCCGACCGCCGACUCGCUGAUGGCAGCAAGGUCCUGUCGUACGAAAACUUGGUCGAGUACCUCACGGCCAAGCACCCGGACAUCGAGAAGGCAUUCCUCCCUUUCGAUGGGAAAAACCUGGUCCUCUUUCGGCGUCCUAGUGCCGGAGAGCAGAAAAAUAUUGAGUCAAUGUAG